UUUCAAUACAAAUCUAAUAUCUAUUUUAGCUUUAAAUAAUGGCCGACGAAGCACAAGCACCACCCGCCGAAGCUGCACCAGCACCAGCUGAGGGUGAGGCAGCUGCCGCAGGUGAUGCACCACCAGCUGAACCCACUGAGCCCAUUAAGCACACCUAUACCCUAUUCUAUUUCAAUGUUAAGGCAUUGGCUGAGCCGUUACGUUAUCUUUUCGCAUAUGGCGGCAUUGAGUAUGAGGAUGUGCGCGUAACCCGUGAUGAAUGGCCAGCAUUGAAGCCGACUAUGCCUAUGGGUCAAAUGCCUGUUUUGGAAGUCGAUGGCAAACGUGUUCAUCAGAGCAUAUCAAUGGCACGUUUUCUAGCUAAAACUGUUGGUUUGUGCGGUGCCACACCCUGGGAAGAUCUACAAAUUGAUAUUGUUGUUGAUACCAUCAACGAUUUUCGUCUAAAAAUUGCAGUCGUCUCCUACGAACCAGAGGAUGAAAUCAAGGAAAAGAAAUUGGUCACAUUGAACAAUGAAGUCAUUCCAUUCUAUUUGGAGAAAUUGGAACAAACCGUUAAAGAUAACGAUGGUCAUUUGGCAUUGAACAAGGUAAGACAUUUAUCGAAAAGAUUUUAAAAUUGAGUUUUCUUA